CCAUUGUCGUGGGGCUCGGGCUCGGCUUGGUCGGCCGAGCAGGGAGGACAAGCAGAGCGUAAAGCCGGGCAGGAAUGACGAGGGGAGCGCAGAGCCGGGCAAGAAGUUUGGCGGGCAUUUGGAAAUUUACGCUGAUGUCAGCCCUAGGCCGGUGUGGGGUUAUUCCCCAUCAGAAGCCCCCCACUCUCCGGGUUCCACGGCACCUAGCAGUGGAGCGCGUGAGAGUAGAAAACACCGUGUUCGGUCAGCUCGUGGGCCCAUGCGUAGCUUGGCGGGCAGGCGGUGACGCUUGGAGUUCCCCGCGUACGAAAACAUUAGGGUUUGGCUUCACUCGCUGUGCCGCGCCGCCGCUCUCUGCCUCCCUGUUCACGCGUCGUCGUUCGUCGUUUCCCGCUCUCCCCCGGCGACGCUCCUUCGAGGUCAGUUCUUCUGCCUGCUAUUUCAUGUCUAUCGCGUCGUCCCCUGUUCACACGUCCGAUGCCGAGCGCGAGCUUGGGCCCGGCAGUCGGGGUUCCGUGGCCCAGGGCGGCCGAUCGGAGCAGCCGGGUUCUCCGUCCCUCAAGGAGGUUGCGGUUGUUGAGGUGCCCGGGGUUAGCGACCAUCGCCUCCAGAGGCGCACCUUGCUCGUGGACUCGCUCAUCCGCGAGUGCAAGUGCGACUUGUCGAGUGACGAGUUUCUCAGGGCGAUGCGCUACGCCGGCCCCCUUGUCACCGUCCGCGAAAUCAUGAUCUCCGCGGCCGAUCGGAAGAAGCUGUUUAAGUCUAAGGCGCGCGCGGAGUCCAGCCAAGAACGGCCUCCGCUCCCAACUCCCGCACUGUCUGCCGAGCAUGCCCAGGCGAGGAAGAAGCGCAAGGAGGUGAGCUCCUCGGCGGAAGGGGCUUCGCUGAGCGGGGCGAGGUCUCCACCCUCGCGCUCGGUGGACUACGGGAACCUGGCCUUCGUGAAGGUGGCGUUCCCCCUCAAACCUUCGUUCUUGCAUGGGGACUAUGAGCCUCGCCGUUUUCUACAGAGCUUCAUCCCUCCGCCCGACCGAAUGGAGAUAAGUUUGGCCGCCACGCAGGACCUCGCCUCCACUCUCUUGCUCGAGUUGGGCUCGGUGGCCAUGCGCGCCCCAGAGCUGGUGGAGCGCUUCGAAUGGUAUGUGGCGGAGAAGGCCAAAGGUGAAGAGGAGCUUCGGAGGCUACAGGAGCACGUGGCUGGCCUCGAGGGGAAGCUCGCUGAUGCGGAGGAGCGGGUCCGGGCCGCGAAGCAGGCACGCGCUGCUGCCGAGGAGGAAGCACGCCGUCUUGAUGGGGAGGCCGAGCAUGUAAUUGAGGCCUUUCAGACCUCCCCUGCGUUCGAGGAGGCGGCUCUCUCCCGCAUGGACGAUCUCUUGAAGAUCUGGGCUCAAACUCCGGCCGGCCAGCGUCUCCUUUUCAAAGAAGGGCAAGCCAACUAUUCCCUGGGGCUGCAACGGGCUCAAGAGGUUCUGCUCGAGCGGAUCCAAAAGGGGAAAGAACUCCCGAAGCCAUGCGAGAACCCUGAGGAGUUUGACUCAUCCAUCUACUACUCUGAGGACGAGGACGCCAAUGGCGGGGGCGAGGACACCGUCGGUAACUGAACGCAGCUGGGCCCACCGAUGAACUCCACCCUUAGUUUUUUUUUCCUUUGAUGUAAUGUUUCUGCGCUCGAACAAUGUAUUUUGCACCGCGCAACUAUCACCCUUGACUCUUCGUGGUUUGUGAUGCCUAUCGUUUUGCUUCGUCUUUAAUUGUAUUUCCGCGAUUGUUUUGGAGGCCGAACGGCCGCUGCCGGGGCGCUUGCCCAUACGGGACCACGCCCACGCAUAGCCCGCCUAGGCUUGUUAGCCUCGCCUCGUCACCCAACCGAGGACGAGCGCGGGCUCGCCCUCACAAGGAGGUGCUCCGACCAAACGCCUUAGCCUUGGUGCCUU